AUGAAGUUCGCGAAUAUCUUGGCAGUUGCCGGUGCAGCUGGUGCCUACACCGUCACCAUCGUUGACAAAUUCAUGUACAAGAAUAUCGAUCCUGUGGUUAUACCCGGCCAGUAUGCUAGCCACAUGCACACAUUUUUCGGUUCUGAUGCUGUGACAUUGAACACAACCACCUCCAAAGAGUUGCAAGCGGGCUGUGCCACAGCGGUCAACCCCAACGACUACUCGUCUUACUGGGUUCCUACCCUUUUUUACAAAAACGAAACCGCCACUGCCCCCGUUCCCAUCAGUCGAUUCAGUGCCUACUACGUUGCAAUCGAAAAGGCAGAAGUCGCCAUUCCACAAGACUACAAGGCUGUCGUCGGCAACGCCUCCGCAAAGUCCGAAGCUGAUACCGAGCCUCUAGCGGGCAUCCAAUGGUUCUGCGAGGGUGGCUCCAGCGCAGGGAAGGACGUCAAUGGUUUUCCGUCCAAGACCUGCAACACCCAUCUGCAGACGAUCCUCCUGUUCCACGACUGUGUCAACCAAGAGACACUCGAAUCCACAUACUCUGGAACCCAACACUGGACCGCCACCAGCAAGCCUGCCAACCGCUGCCCUCUUGAUAUGAAGAGGAUGCCCCAACUGCGCUUCAGCAUCCGCUAUGAUCUUCGCAAGGCUUUGCCUGACGGCUGGGAGGGAACCGCCCCUCUGGAACUGGCUUGCGGCCCCGCCUAUUGCACCCACGGCGACUUCAUCAAUGGAUGGCUUCCUGAAGCUGCCGAGAACAUGUUACUUGCAAAUUCAAAGAGGGAUUUUGCCGGUGUAGAUGGUCCUGCAGGCAAAUACAGUGCUGGAUCUGUCUGCGGUGCUCAGAACGCCACGGACGCUGAUCCGGAGAACGGCACUUCCGACUAUCUGACCAGCAAGCAGAUUCUCCAGAGGCUUAUAGACCAGAAGGCUUGA